UAUUUUGGCUGAGUUUCCGGUUAAACCGGAAGCAGCUACUUCCUCUCCGCCUGUUUAAAGCUACGUCGCGUGUCGCUCGCUUCGCUUACAAUUCGGAUUUAAUAAAUGUGAGCAUCCCCUGGUCGGUCUCUGUUGGCUGCUUGAGGACAGAGCGAUGGCCGGUCCAGAGCUCUUACUGGACUCCAGUAUCCGUCUGUGGGUGGUUCUGCCCAUCGUCUUCAUCACCUUCUUCGUCGGGAUCAUCCGUCACUACGUCACGCAGCUGCUCCACAGCGACAAGAAGGUUGAGCUGGAGCAGGUCUCUGACAGUCAGGUUCUCCUGCGCAGCCGCAUCCUCCGAGAGAACGGGAAGUACAUUCCCCGACAGUCUUUCGCCAUGAGGAAACAUUACUUCAACAACGUAGAGACGGGAUUCUUUAAGAAGGUCAAGAGGAAGGUCGUCCCCAAGAACCCUAUGACAGACACCAGCAUGUUGACAGACAUGAUGAAGGGAAACUUGACCAACGUUCUGCCCAUGAUUGUGAUCGGUGGAUGGAUAAACUGGGCGUUCUCUGGAUUCGUCAUCACAAAGGUGCCAUUCCCUCUGACACUGAGGUUUAAGCCCAUGUUACAGAGAGGAAUCGACCUGCUGUCACUCGACGCCUCCUGGGUGAGUUCUGCGUCCUGGUACUUCCUGAACGUGUUUGGACUGAGGAGCAUGUACAGCCUCAUACUGGGACAAGACAACGCUGCUGAUCAGUCGCGGCUCAUGCAGGAUCAGAUGACUGGUGCUGCCAUGGCGAUGCCCCCUGACCCCAACAAGGCCUUUAAGAGUGAGUGGGAGGCUCUGGAGAUCGUGGAACACAAGUGGGCGCUGGAGAACGUGGAGGAGGAGCUGAUGACCAGAGACCUCAACUUUGGAAACUUCUUCAGUCAGGAGGUGAAGUCGGCCAUGUUUUAGAACGACCACCGACCAAACUUUCCUGCAACACCUGAGUUCUGCCAGUGGAAGGUUCUGGAACACAGUCCUCACAAAGUCCACACAUCAAUAUAUAAAUUUACUACCUCAAACACUUUGAGUCACGUCCUUCAGUGCCUUCACAAAAUAUACACAAACAUAGAAUAUAUUUGUUGUCUGUAAAAGAGACAUUCACGGGUCUUUAAAAAGAUUCAGGCUCUGAACUUUAACCUUAUUAUUUAAUAUAACGGCACAAAAAAUGUCAUUUGAUCAUUUAUAUUAAGUAAAAAACAGAUCAAUGUUAAUUUAUAGGCUUUUGCAGAAUGUUUCUUAGCCAACUUUCUUCAAAAUAAUAGUAAAAUAAGUCCAUGACUCAGCGUUUUAGUGUCACAUGUUGGAUCAGUGUUUGUGAGUUCUGUGUUCCAGAGAAGAAAAGACGUUUGUGGACGAGGUCUGAGUUCCUUCACACGAAUCCUCAGGAAAACGUUUCUCUGCACGAGUUUCGUGGUUUCACAGCUCAGACGCAGCGUUCAAAGACGACUGGGACGUUUCAGCGCUCAAAGGAGGAGAGGAGCUUUAUACGUGACGCAGGUGUGUUUGUUGUCAUCACCCUGCUGGACUGUUAGCGCCUUCUAUUUCCUCACUGACGCCACACUUCAAUAAAUGUGCCAAUCACUCA